UAACUUUGUAGAAUUGUAUAUUGGAUACUGAAGAUAAAAGGUGUUGAAAGCUCUCUAUUUGACAGGCAUAUGCUUCCUUUAACCAGUCCAUGAAGUUUCACUACUUUAUAACCCUCUCCCUCUUCUUCCUUCUUCUUCCAUAGACUUAAACCCAUUACAUAAUCUAAAGAUCUCUUAAUUUUAGUAAUAUCUCAUGGACCAAAGCAAUGCUCUUCUUAGCUGGACUUACUUCUCUCAUGGAAAGACAACGGAAGAGCUAAGACAGACUCUUGUGUACACAACAAUGGAGCUAGAACAAACAAAGCUGGUGGCUCAAGAUGAACUAAGGAAGAGAGAUGAACAAUUGAUCCAUCUAGAAGAUGUAUUAACCAAAACCCUCAAAGAAAGAGACGAUGCUCUAGAGAAAUGUCAUCAUCUCCUCCUAAACAAUCUCUUACUUCAACAGAAACAGCAACAGAAUCAGAAACAAGAACUUAUCACUCCUCCUUUAUCAGGAGCUUCAAGCAUUAUUGAAGACGAGCAAGUACAGCCACAGCAGCCGCAGCUUAACUCAAACAAGAGCUUUUCGUCUUCAGACACCGAAGAAAGCAUCAUGUCACCAUCAGUGAUUGAUCCGGUGACAAUGAACCAACAGAUUGAAGUCUCAGGAGAUGAGUUGAUGGCUACAUUGUUGCCUGAAAAGCCACUGCCUGAAAAGGGAAAACUCUUACAAGCUGUUAUCAAGGCAGGUCCUUUGCUUCAAACACUCCUCUUAGCCGGUCCUCUGCCUCAAUGGCGCCACCCACCGCCUCCACUCGAGACCUCCGAGAUUCCUCCUGUCACCAUCCCACCACUUCAGUUUCUGAACAAUGGUUGUGGGAACUCCAACAAGAAAAGGGCAUUCUCAAUCUCAGAUGAAACUUAUUCAGAGACUAAGUAUCAGAAACUUCUUCUCCAUUAACCAAACAUUAAGCCGGCCCGAGCUGCUACUGAUCUUUGAUCCUUACUCAACAAAAUACUAAUAUAUAGUCUUUCCAAUAUACCAUAUACAAGAUCACUUUUUCAGUAUUAAUCUCACUUAGGGUACUAGUGAGAGUGAUCUUUUUAGUCAGUUUUCUGUAAAUAGAGCUUGAUUUAAAGUUGUGGAGAGUGAAUCUGAUCCAUUUAGGGUUUAGAUUUAGAGAGUGAUGGGAAUGAAACUCCCCCUGGUUUAACUCAUACUCAAACAUGAGUUUUUUUACCAAGUGAGAGAGUUUUACUAUUUACUUUUCUUUUGUUUUUGCUUAUUGGUUUCUUGUUUUUGUUUUCUAAACCCAAUGUCACAUUCAUGUUUUGGCUCCAUGAAUGUAAAACUGUUGGAGUGUUUUGUC